AUGACUUCUACCUCCGCAAACGCAAACAUCAACCCUACCCCUGCUCAGGAAGAGUUCCAAGAUUUCCUCGAGAAGAACACAGACAAAGGUUCACGAGUACACCCAGAGGACCGAGACCACGCCAGGAGAGAGGCCGAAAACAGUGACGAAGACGAAGAGGACCGGUUCCGUAACGCCCAGAUAGAAGCAGCCAUGCGCGUCCCCACAUUGAACGGCGACGUGAAGUUGCCUCCGGCCAGUUUCGACUCGGGCCGCAGCACGGGCGUAAAGGGCGUCAUUGCCGACGCUCGCGCCUACGAGCAAGCCCGCCAGAGCAAGUGGCGGAAUAGGGUCCGCGCUGCCCGUCAAUCCGUAUUCGGGAAGGGCGACCUAUCUCGAACCUCUGAAUCGCACAGCGGCGAAAGCGAUGGAGACGAAGACGAAGACGCUUUCCUAAAGGAAUGGCGAGAGGCGCGAAGACAGGAGCUUGAGAGGGAAGCGAGGAACGGCAUCCGCAAUCGCAGAACAAGCCCGAGCCUAAGGAUGUUCGGGCGCUUAGACACUGUCGACGCACUAGGAUAUUUAGAUGCUAUUGAAAAAGUGGGGAGAGAAACUGUCGUUGUAGUAUUCGUCUAUGAUCAUGAGUGCGAAGUAUCUCGUCUCAUUGAAUCAACCUUGAGACCAUUGGUCACGGAACAUCCUGAAGUUCAUUUCGUCAAAGUCCACUACGAAGAUAUCGAGUUCGACAAUGCUGCUGUCCCUACCAUCCUUGCAUAUCGAAACCAAGGCGACUUGUUCGCGAACUUAACGGGGAUUAUCGACAUGAUUCCCGACGACGAAGAUUUCGACAGCGACUCAUUGAAGAAGAUCUUCAUUAAGAACAGUAUUAUAUAA